CAGUUUUCCGAAUUAUCCGCGCGUUUCGAAGGGUUUAGCGAGAAAAAGGUGGUUGAAAUCGAUUCUCGUGGUGUGUUUUUGUACCCCCAUCUCCCAUUUUUGACCUGCAAUUAUCUUCUUCUCUUUACCCAAUUUAAUCCUCCCUCGUAAACUUACGCACGCACUCACGCAUACACACGCACACACCACGCUCGAAAAUAAACCAACACACACGGACGUACGGGCGCGCGCACAGUCGCAAAAAGUGGCAGGCAGUAAUUCGAACGCUUGUCGCGGAAAUUCCUGCCAAGCCAGCAAAAGUGCGUCGUCAGAUUCCUAUCGAAUGUGCUCGCUAAUCGAUUCCGAAACGCCCGCAAACACGACCCCUAUUGUUUUUGGACCUUUUUCGGCCACCGCGCACACCAAUCGGCGAAUGUAAACACGGUCGCGGUGACAGCAGCGACGGCUCGCGCGGUUUUCCUGUUACAUUUUGUGCUGGUCUCGCCUCGAGUCGAGACCUCCGUGCGUGCGGGAUUCGGAUCCCGGAUCUGGUUGCGAGCGACGCGUAUGGACUGCAAACCCCUGCUGCCGAGUCGUGAAAGUGCCAAAACCGAGUGAAACCUGAGUAUUCGACGUAUUUUUCAGCCUUUUUUUUCAAAAUCUGCAGCUUUAACAGUGCAAAGUGAGUGUGAGUGUAAAUCAAGUGUAAUCCAGAUAAGGCGCGAGUGGAAAGGUGCACGGUCCUGAGGUUGGCACCGCGACGGGUGUGUGUUUUGUGUGCAGCAGCUACACGCUUUAUCAACAAUCGGGCAAAGAUUGGUGGUUCUAACUAGUGGCACCGUGCGCGCGACUACCAUAACAGACGGCCGUCAGGAUGGCGGGGGUCUUCGAUUUGGAGCUCCACGACGAGGAUAACGUGCAUGAUUCGGAUGACGACAUCAUCGAAAUUGACAACGAGGUUGACUUUGAGGCGGAACUUCACAUAAAUUCAAAUCUAGAAACGGAAGAUUCAGAAACGAUACCCUUGUCAGAGGACAUAAUAAAUCCGGGCCGGAUAAAACUGGGACCUCAGGAUUUUGAGCUAAAGAAGGUGCUGGGUAAAGGUGGCUAUGGCAAAGUCUUCCAAGUGCGCAAAACGACUGGUGCUGAUGCGAACUCAUUUUUCGCCAUGAAGGUGCUGAAGAAGGCGUCAAUAGUUAGAAAUCAAAAAGACACCGCACACACGCGUGCCGAACGUAGCAUCCUGGAAGCCGUGCGGCAUCCAUUCAUCGUAGAACUAGUGUACGCCUUCCAGACCGGUGGCAAGCUGUAUUUAAUCCUAGAAUAUUUGAGCGGCGGUGAGCUGUUUAUGCAUUUAGAACGCGAAGGCAUCUUCCUGGAGGACACCGCAUGCUUUUAUCUGUGCGAAAUCAUUCUGGCACUGGAGCAUUUGCACAAUCUCGGUAUCAUCUAUCGCGAUCUGAAGCCGGAGAACGUGCUGCUCGAUGCACAAGGACACGUUAAGCUGACAGACUUCGGGCUCUGUAAGGAACACAUCAAGGAAGGUAUCGUAACGCACACCUUUUGCGGUACGAUCGAGUAUAUGGCACCAGAAAUUCUAAUGCGCAGUGGUCACGGUAAAGCAGUGGACUGGUGGUCGCUGGGUGCACUCAUGUACGAUAUGCUAACAGGAAUGCCCCCGUUCUGUGCUGACAAUCGAAAGAAGACGGUCGAUGCUAUCCUGAAGGAUAAGCUCAACAUACCGGGCUACCUGACGCCCGAUUCGCGUGAUCUGAUACGAAGGUUGAUGAAGCGACAAGUCGGCCAACGGCUAGGCAGUGGCGCCAGCGAUGGCCAAGCGGUACGCGAACAUCCUUUCUUCAAGAACGUUAAUUGGGAGGACGUAUUAGCGCGAAGAUUGGAUCCUCCCAUUAAACCUGUGCUGGCUAGCGAAGAUGAUGUAUCCCAGUUUGACACCAAGUUUACAAAAGAAAUUCCGGUGGAUUCGCCGGACGAGACAACGCUGAGCGAAAGUGCAAACCUUAUCUUCCAGGGUUUCACUUACGUUGCGCCGUCGGUAUUGGAGGAUAUGCAGACGCGUGUAACGACGCCACGAUCGCCACGCCGGAUGCCUCGCCACCUCCAUCAUCACCACGGCCAUCAUAUUCAUCACCAUCAUCACAAUCACCAUCUCGGUGAUGGAUCGAUGGGAGGAGCGAGCGUUGGUGCACCUGGCUCCAGCACUGCGACAGCCCCUGGUGCCGCCGGAGGUGGAUCACAUGCAACAAGCGCCAGCCGCAUGAUGGCCGCAGGUGCUGGUGCUGGAAUAGGGCAUGUUGGGCUUGAGAAUGGCAAUAUUCCGCCCCUCCAUCUUCACCUACAUCAUAACCCACUGCAGCAUCAUCCAUUGCCUCACGGUAGCGGCAGCAAUAGCAGGAUACUGCGCGGUCCUGGAGGACCACACCAGCAGCCAGCAUCCUCAUCCGGAGCGGCACCACCACAACUCCAUCAACAAGCGCCUCCAAUGCAAUCUGGUCCAUCCGGCAGUCGACCAUUUAAUGCUGCCUCAAUCGCCCGAAGAACGCCACCGCAUCUGCAACCGUUUGCACCGCGCCCUUCACCCCAGGACGAGAUGAUGGACGUGUAUCCGGAGAUGUCUAUUUCUUAUUGGGAACUAGCAAGGGAACCAAUGCAUUCCUCGCAGCGAAUAGACAUGUCGGAAAAAUAUUUACGAGAACAAAAUCUAGUCAUUGUCCCACCGGAACAACCGAAGUACACCACGCACGAUUGGGAUGCCAACAAUCGGAAGCAAAAUCUGUUCUCCAUCGCCCAACAAGCGUUGGCGGACCGGGUGAUAAGUGAAAGUGAACGCGUCAUCGAUGAAACGAAGCACACGACAAACGCAUGUAAGGACGAGGUGGACUUCCGGCUGCGGGAGCGCAUCGAGGACAUCCAGUUUGGGCGGGACGAGCUACAGCACCAGAAGCGGGAGGCACACAUCGAAGAGGAAGCACUGAAGGUGUACAAACGACGAACGAUCGAUGCGAUCAACACGUUGCGCGAGAUCGCCGUACCGCUCUGCCAGAAGUGUCUGGUGCUCCGAGAGACCCGCGAAGGAUCGGAUCUCGUUAACGAUGGUGUCGAUCGAGAGCUCCGCAAAGAGCUCACCGUAAUGGAAGGUGGUGUAGCGAUGCUGGAGAAGGUCCUGGCAGAAUGCGUGGAGCAGAUACGGAGACUGCGCGCCACAAUCUACCUGCUGGAUCGCGAUCUGGCCGACAAGGAUCGUUCGAUACGGAUCGAUGAGAAGAAUCUGGAGCUGCGCCCAAACCAGAUGGAGAUGAAAGUGUACGCUGGUCGGGUUCCGCUGGAUCCUUAUAACGCCACUGAUGAGGAAUGGAUUAUGGUGACAAAUCGGAACAUCGAAGCGACGGCGAAGGAGAUCAACAGUGCGCAACCGAUGCGCUCCUACAUCGACCAGCUGCUGCGCCAGAUUGCGGAAGACAUCCGCGUUCAGGUCGAGCGUACGAAUGCUGCGUUCCGGCAGCGCAUCGCUGAACUACGCUACACCAAGGUAAAGCUCGAGAACGUCCACAAGGAAACGGUGCGGCAGGUGAACGAGUUGACCCGCACCGUGACGCGGCUGGAGAUCGAGAUCGCCGAGAAGGAGGGUUACGUGGCGCUCGCUCAGACACGCCUCGCCAAUCGGGCCCAACGGCCCGGCAUCGAGCUGUGCCGGGAUAGUGUGUUCGAGGGGUUGAAACGUGAGCUGGCGGAGCUGCGCAGCACGACGGCUAAACUGGACGGUAGCUUGGUCAAAUCGAAAGCCACACUGCGCUACCUGCUCAACACGCAGGUCAUGCAGGAGGAGGAAAUCAACCGCAAGACGGGCUCGUUGCGCACUGACGAGGUCGACUGCAUGACAAUGCGUGAGAGUUUAAAGUUUCAGGAUUUCUAACCGGUGCCGGUGGCCGAUACCGAUGCCGUUGCUCAGCAUGCAGAAAGCAAUAAAGUACGAUCCCAAAUCACCUGUUUGUAA